CUCCGAGUCACCCCGCAGCUCCCAGCCCGCAGCAGAGCGAUGGUCCCCGGCUCGGCAGCAGCAUGUUGUCCGCCAGGAGGGAGACCUUCCCGGGUGUCACCUUCAGCGGAGCGCCGGCUGCGGCGAACCCGACCGGAGGACCUGAGGCCCGGACGGACCGGGGGGCGUGUCCUAAGAAGCUGGGCUCCACCAAUCAGCUGCGGCUGCUGCUCUACAUCCUGAUUCCCACCGUCAGCCUGCUGGGGGCGCUGCUGCUGCUGGGCCUGGCCCUCACAGGUAUAUUUGGGGGGAACCUCCUGGACUCCCCAGACUCUUCCUCCUCCUCUUCUUCCUCAUUUGAGGCUGAAAACAGGACUUCUGGGGGAAGAGGGGUGGCGUACCACAGCCAGAGCACGCCAGCCCACACCGCCGCUCCUCCAGCCUCCUCCUCCUCUCAGGCCUCGCCGUCCCAGCCAUACACGAAGCUUCCUGAUUGGCUGGCCUCGGUGACAUCACUGAGCACCUCCCUGCCGAUGAGCAGCACCACCCCGGCGCCUGACACAGGGCGGUGCCAGCUGAUCCUGGAGCCCCAGUGCCACAUGCUGCCCUACAACCAGACGUGGCUGUCCUCCUCCGGCGCCGUGGUCAAGAGCUCCGAGGUCGACAUGCUGCUAAGGUUCUUCAGCUACCUCAGCAGACUGUCCUGCUACAGACACAUCAUGCUGUUCGGCUGCUCGCUGGCGCUGCCCGAGUGCCUGGAGGCCACCGGGACGAUCAGCAGGACGGUGGUGCUGCCCUGCGCUUCCUUCUGCGAGGCGGCCAGGGAGGGCUGUGAGCCCGUCCUCCAGAUGUUUAACGCCUCCUGGCCCGACUUCCUGCGAUGCUCGCAGUUCAACAAAAACAGCUCAUCUUCAUCCUCGUCGCCUUCAACGUCACCAUCGUCGCCCCUGGCAACGUCGCCAUCACCAUCGUCGCCCCUGGCAACGCCGCCGUCACCAUCGUCGCCCCUGGCAACGCCGCCGUGUUUCACGCCGCACCAGAUCAAAGGGAAAACCUCUGUGUGCGGCGGGAAGGACAACUUCCUGUGUGCCACGGGGAUUUGUGUCCCCCAGAAACUGGUGUGCAACGGUUACAACGACUGUGACGACUGGAGCGACGAGACGCACUGCGAGUGUCCUGAGGAAGAGUUCCGCUGUAACACCGGCCGCUGUCUUCCUCCUGCUCUGGUCUGUGACGGCUACGACGACUGCGGAGAUCUGAGCGAUGAACUCAACUGUGUGUGUAACCUGAGCCGGGAGCAUCGCUGCGGGGACGGCCGCUGCGUCUCCAAGGACUGGCUCUGUGACGGAGACCACGACUGUCUGGACAAAAGCGACGAGCUCAACUGCUCCUGUAAGAGCCAGGGCCUGCUGGAGUGCAGGAACGGUCAAUGCGUCCCCUCGGCCUUCCGCUGCGACGGCGAGGACGACUGCAAGGACGGCAGCGACGAGGAGCACUGCAGCCGAGAGCAGAGCCCCGGCGGCUGUGUCCCCGGUCAGCCCGGCUGCAUGUCCCCUCCCUGCCAGCCAGCCUGUGGAGGCGCGAGCGCCGCCUGCGACCCCAGAAACACCAACUGCUCUCGCUGUGAGCCCAUCACCCUGGAGCUGUGCAUGAACCUGCCCUACAACCUGACCAGUUUCCCCAACUACCUGGGCCACCUGUCCCAGAGAGAGAGCUCCGUGUCCUGGGAGUCCUCCCUCUUCCCGGCACUGGUCCAGACCGGCUGCUACCAGUACCUCAUGUUCUACGCCUGCACGCUGCUGGUCCCCAAGUGCGACCCCGUAAGCCUGCAGAAGGUCCCUCCCUGCAGGUCGCUGUGCCGCAGCGCCAAGGAGAAGUGUGAGUCGGUGCUCGGCAUCGUGGGUCUGCAGUGGCCUGAGGACUCGGACUGCGGUCAGUUUCCAGAGGACAGAGGAAACGCCACCUGUCUGCUGCCGGAGGACGGAGUGGACGAGUGCUCGCCCAGCCACUUCAAGUGCCGGUCCGGCCGUUGCGUCCUGGGGAGCAAGCGCUGCGACGGACACCUGGACUGUGACGACCACAGCGACGAGGACAACUGCGGCUGCUCUGAGCGCGCUCUGUGGGAGUGUCCCGGCAGUAAGGUCUGCAUCAAACCCACCAUGAUCUGCGACGGGUUCCCAGACUGCCCCCUGCAGGUGGACGAGGCCAACUGCUCGGUCUGCAGAGACAACGAGCUGGCCUGCAACAACCACCAGUGUGUCCAUCGGACGCUGUGGUGUGACGGGAAGAAGCACUGCUCAGACAGCUCCGACGAGUGGGACUGUGUUUCUCUGUCCGACCAGUCCGGUUCUGUUCUCACCGUGUUUAAGACGGCUGCAGAGUAUCAGGUCUGUGCAGACGAGUGGAACCCCGACCUGAGCAGACUGACCUGCAACCAGCUGGGACUAGGGGUCCCCUCCUCUGUUUCGAUGGUGCCCGACCAGCCGGGGGUCCCAGGCCGGCGCCGCUGGCUCCAUGUCCAUCCAGAGUGGAGCCUGAGAAACGGUUCUGCCCUGCAGGCCCGACUGGAGAAGAGAAGUCAUGCAUGUCACUCCAGGCGAAGGGUUUCAGUCCUGUGUGCCAGAGAAGAGUGUGGUCUGCGUCCAGCGCUGGGCCUCCACCCUCACAGGACCAAGCGGAUCCUGGGGGGCCGGGUGUCUCGGCGGGGGGCGUGGCCCUGGCAGUGCUCGCUGCAGAGCGGUCAGAGCGGACACGUCUGCGGCUGCGUCCUCAUCUCCCGCCAGUGGGCUCUGACGGUGGCUCACUGCUUCGAGGGGAGGGAGAACGCCGAGCUGUGGAAGGUGGUGCUGGGCCUGACCAACCUGGACCACCCCGGCCCUCACAGUCAGACCCGCAGCGUGCGCGCCAUCAUCGUCCACCCGCGGUACAACCGGGCGGUGGUGGACUACGACAUCAGCGUGGUCCAGCUGGACUCUGAGGUGGAGGAGACGGCCCACGUCAGACCGGUGUGUCUGCCUCAGCCCGGUCAGCUGCCCUCACCGGACUCCUACUGCUACAUCACCGGCUGGGGCCACAUGGGCAACAGGAUGCCCUUUAAGCUCCAGGAGGGGGAGGUCCGCAUCAUCUCCAUGUCUCAGUGUCAGUCCUACUUUGACAUGAAGACUAUAACUCCCAGGAUGCUUUGUGCUGGCUACGAAGCUGGAACCGUCGACUCCUGUAUGGGCGACAGCGGCGGCCCGCUGGUGUGCGAGGAGGAGGACGGCCUCCACUGGCGGCUGUUCGGCCUGACGUCCUGGGGCAGCGUGUGCUUCAGCAAAGUUCUGGGACCGGGAGUCUACAGCAACGUGACCCACUUCACCCCCUGGAUCCAGCAGCAGAUCUACAUCCACACCUACCUGACCGACCCCCACGCCGCGUCCCAACCCCAACACUAGGUCAUUCAGGAGGAAGUGAUGUCACUGAUAGUGUCAGCUCUCCCUCAGUUCCCCUAACUGUGCCUAAAACUACAGACAGAGCCUUGUGACGGUACCUUCUGUACACCAGAGGGGACCCAGCGGGAAAGAGUGAAGAAGUUCUGGGACUGGAUGUUUGUUCAGAAACACAAAUCUAGGAAGUUCAUCCACUUUACAGAAGCUCUGCAGAUGUAGACGUUAUGUUAGAUGAAGAUCUCAUUCGUCAGCCAACAGGUGGGACCCAUAUGGACUCGACUCCGGCUGGAUGGGUACUGAGAGGGACUGGGUUCAAAAGAGGAUUCCUGCAUUGGACCCAGGUGGGUCCAGACCCAGAACUUCAGCUCAAAUUGGGCAAAACAUCUGGAGUUCUUAUGGGCCACUCUUUAAUUGAAUGUCCUGCAUCAAACCUGAACAGGAAACUAGUAAUUUCCAAUUCCCUUAUGGGUCCCAUUCUUUAAUUUAAAGUCCUGCAUCAAACCUGAAGCUGAAAUUAACCUGGGGUCAAACUGUAACCACAUCUGGGCCCAUUUUCAGCUCAUUUCCAGCCCGUAUGGGUCCCAUUAGUAAAUGUUGGCUGUACAACACAUUUCCACAGUGACACUAAAAGUCCUUUAGUUUUCAGAUUAAGGGUGAUUUACUAAAACUGCAGUCUUUUGAUUGUAUUAUAUCGUUGUCCUGAAUUAAGUUUUUUUUUAUUAAUUAUAUCUUGUAGUGUUUGUCUUAGACAAAAACAUCUUGUUUCUAGUUUUUGCUACAAAAUGAAUCACCACUGCCAUGAAAUCUACAGUUCAACACAACCCAAAUCAAGUUUAAUCAAGUUUGUUGUUUAAACGUUUCAUUUUCUUCUUCACUUUCUUUGCCCCCAUGAACAGAAACUCAGAGGAAAAACCUUCCAUCUAAACCCUAUGAUGUACGUUUUACAGCAACAUUUUAUUUUAUAAGCAGCUUCAUUUCUGGUAAAUCUAAACCUUUUUCUAGAACAAAAUCCAGUGUCUUCUUAGUCUAAAUCUAUCGUUGAAACUACUUCCUGUCUUCUCUUGACGUGUUCCUGUAAUUUUCUCCAUUUGAGCUUCUGUUCACCAUUUCCUGCAUGUCAAAUGUGGCAUUAAUUUAAUUACUGAACACAUGAUUUAUGGUUUCUCUGUAUGAAGCUUGUUUAAAUAUGAGGAUAUUGCUCCGUGGGACAUUUUGCAUGUUUUGAAACCAAUCAAAGCAUCCCUAAACAACAUUAAUGCACAGAGUCAGCUCUCAGUGGACGUGUACUCAUGGUGCGGUCCAUUUGUCUCAGAACUAUAAACUAACCAGUCGCAGAUUACACUCGCUCCCAUCUUUUCUCAGUUCCACUUUCCCUCUUAUCGGACAGAAGGAAAAAACAUGGACGCUCGCUCCAAAACCAUGUUAAGUGUACAAAUACAUCCAGAAUGACUUUUAAAGUCACAUUUUACUGCAAAAUCUUUUUUUAAGCAUUGCUGAGCUGUUCAUUUUAUCAUGAAACGUUAAACAACAGGAGGCGAUCCUUCAUUGCUCGUUUAGCCUGAAUGGAUAAAACCGUGACCAUAACGCUGCUCUACGUUGUAUUUUGUCCACAUAAACAGAGCUGAAACAUCCCAUGUUAUGAUCACUGGAAAGCAGUACCUGUACGCCUGACUAAUAUUACAGAAAUAAUAGAACUAGAAGGAAUAAACUGCUAGAAAUGGAAAAGAUAGAAUGUUUAAUGUUGCUGCCAGUAGCAGCUUUCCCAAUGGGAAGUCGGGCCUGUUGCUCCGACUUUCCAACUCGUAAUUUUGACUUUAGGGGGCGUUCCAGUUGACAUUUUUCGGAAAUUCCCACUAGCUACGUAGCUAAAUGGGACGCAGCAUUAAUCCUAGCAUUUAGCGAGUAACCAGUUCAUGUUGAGGUAGAGGAGUUUUCUGCUUCUUAGAAAACGGCGUAUUAAGGCAGCGUAGCACUUCCAGCUGGUUGUGUUUCAGUUACAAAAACUGACCUGAAAUAAAUAAAAAAAAUACAACAAUCUGCAUCAAAGAUCCUUCGACAGAGAAACUCUGGAUGUUGACUUUGUGAAGUAAUGGAGCAUCUGUGGAGAUCAUUACAUAAACACGACUGACACCAAAUCUUUUCAACGGAAACAGACAUGAGGAACAGUUAAUAUGGAGGAAAUGUGGAACAUUUAUAUCCUGUUGUUUCAGCAUUAAACAGUAUGUUACAUAUAAAUAUGAUUAGUCUCUUUAUCUAACACAGUCAUGUUUUGUUGUAUAACUAACAGCAAAAAGGCAUUUAAACUGCUGCUGUCAAUAAUAGAAUAUCAUACAUAUAGAACAAAAUGUAAGCAAAUCUUAACAGUAAAUUAGCUAAACCAACCAGCUAAAUAAUAUUAUUCUGCAUUUAAUUUGUAACUGUCUUUUUUUAUCCUGACUCACCAACAUGAACAGAGCAUCGCUAACGUCUAGCUAGCUAUAGCGUGAAGCACAAAUGUAGCACACUGACAGCAUAUUUACACAGUGAGGAAGGUUAGCCCAGUUAGCUUAGCUGUGUUUUCAGUUAUUGUGUUAAAGCUGAAGUUUAAUGUGUCCACAAACGUAAAAGCAUUAAAUAAAAACCAAUACCUGAUGUUUUAUGACGUCCAUCUUCAGAUAAAAUCGCCACAGAGAAGAGAAACUGUUAGCAUUCAAUGCUAACUAUCUUCAGGCUAACGAUUCGGUUUUUUGUGCAUGAAAGUGACACAAACUUGUCUUUAAAUAUUAAUUUAGAAACGUGUCCUUUAUAGAAAACCUGGAACUUAAAAUAGGACAAUUUAACAGUUAUUUCUGGUGCAAAUUAACCCUAAACAGGAUAUACGUGUGUUUAGCUUGUUAAUGUGUGUGAAGAGACCGCAUCAUCCAAAUGUUGGUUUUAGUUGUAAAUGCUGGAGUAAAAACUUUAUUCCAUAACUACAAUAAAAACAAGCUUUUGCUGAAAACGUUGUGGAGUAAAACAGCUGCUCUCCUGAACCCAACGUGGUAAAUUCAUGUUCUCACACCUGGAGGAACCUGACCUGCUGCUGAAUGAAUGGAAGAACUGUUUUCUCUACGUUCUUCCCGCCAUGAACUCACAAACAGAUAAAGAAUCCUUCUGAUUUCUGGACAUUUGAAGACUGUUUCUCUGUGAGGUUUCCUGACUGCUAAAUGCUGAAUGUUUGAUGUUGCUCAACUAAAAUCUGGCACCGGAACGUUCCACCUCUCUGCGGCUGUCUGGGGUUCUGAGAGUAUUUUUCUACAGCUUUUUGUACGUGGCGCUUCUCACAAAGCUGUCGGUGUGUGUGAGAACAUGCAGUCGCCUGUACGUCUCCUUUAGUUAAGCUCUGAUCAUAGUGUUGCCAUGACGAUCAGGAACCGAUCGACCCUGUGGACGGAAAUGCUUCAUGGCCUGUAGCCUCUGACGUUUUGUGUAAAUGGUGAAUAUCUGGGUUGUAUCUCGUGUUGUGUGACACCAAUAAACCUGUCCACACCCACAGCGAGUGGCUUUGA